UAUUUAUUUCUUAAAAAUCUAAUAUUUAUCUCAAAUAAGGUAAUUAGGCAAAUUCAAUUCAGUCUUCCUCUUCAGAGGAUAUUCCCUAAAACAAAAACUAGACGGAUUUCCUCUCUGCCACUGCCUGCUGCCUACUGGCUCUGGUUCGCUCUGUUUUAACAACUUCAUCCAUUUCAAUCUCCAAUUAUCCGAUUAAAAAAAAAAAAAGAGACGGAAAAAUUAUGGGCGCAAGCAGUGAUCCGAAUCAAGACGGUUCGGAUGAACAGCAGAAGAGAUCGGAGAUCUACACCUAUGAAGCUCCAUGGCACAUCUACGCCAUGAACUGGAGUGUCCGUCGUGACAAGAAGUACCGUUUAGCCAUAGCUAGUCUCCUCGAACAGUACCCUAACCGAGUCGAGAUUGUCCAGCUUGAUGAUUCAAAUGGUGAGAUCCGCUCCGACCCUAAUCUCUCGUUCGAGCACCCGUACCCGCCUACUAAGAUCAUGUUUAUUCCUGAUAAGGAGUGCCAGAAGCCGGAUUUGUUGGCGACCUCCAGUGACUUCCUCCGUGUAUGGCGGAUUGGGGAAGACCAGUCGCGUGUGGAGCUUAAAACCUUGCUUAAUGGGAAUAAAAGUAGCGAGUUUUGCGGACCGCUCACUUCCUUUGACUGGAACGAAGCUGAGCCGAAGCGUAUUGGUACGUCUAGUAUCGAUACUACUUGCACGAUUUGGGAUAUCGAGAGAGAGACCGUUGAUACGCAGCUAAUUGCUCAUGAUAAGGAGGUAUACGACAUAGCUUGGGGCGGCGUUGGUGUUUUCGCCUCCGUCUCCGCCGAUGGCUCCGUUAGGGUUUUCGAUCUUCGCGAUAAGGAGCAUUCUACUAUUAUUUAUGAGAGUUCGGAACCGGAUACUCCCUUGGUCCGGUUAGGAUGGAACAAGCAGGAUCCGAGGUAUAUGGCUACUAUCAUCAUGGACAGCGCCAAGGUGGUGGUGUUGGAUAUCCGCUUCCCUACUCUACCUGUGGUGGAGUUGCAGAGGCACCACGCCAGUGUCAAUGCUAUUGCUUGGGCCCCACAUAGCUCUUGCCAUAUCUGUACCGCCGGAGAUGAUUCUCAGGCUUUGAUUUGGGAUCUCUCCUCCAUGGGACAGCCUGUUGAGGGCGGAUUGGAUCCUAUAUUGGCUUACACUGCUGGAGCUGAAAUUGAGCAGCUGCAGUGGUCUUCUUCUCAGCCUGAUUGGGUUGCUAUUGCGUUCUCUACUAAGUUGCAGAUUCUCAGGGUUUGACACUUGUUCAAUUAAUUCUUGUAGUAUGAAUCUACUUGCAGGAAAUUCAAUUUGUUAGGUGCCAAAGAACUCACUUUAAUUUUUGCGGGAGCUAUCUUCUUUCACUCAUUUGCAUUGGUUGAAGGCUGUUUUGCUGUAAUAGGCACACAGACAUUUAAUAGAACCACCUUCAGAUUCUAUUGGGAAUACGAUGUGGUAUCUGCAGUUUAAUGCAGGGAGCCAGCUUCCUCUGUGGAUUCUUGCAGUUAGAACUCCAAUGCUUGGAAUCUGUGAAAUGCAGCUUUGGCUAAAUCUUUGGUAAAUAGCACUCACCUGAAGUGGAGUGCGUUGUUAGAGUCUCCCCUAGUCAGCAAUUGCCUAGGUCUUAUUUGGUUAGUCUCAUGUUCCUGCCCUUUUUUGUGUGUUUGUGUGUAAGAUAUGGUAACAUAAGCAGAAUAUUGAUACGUCAAUCAGAAAUUUAUAUUUGUUUAUCUGAAGGAGGGUAAUUCUGGGAGUGCUCACUUUCUUAUUUUGUGAGGUCAACUGGAAAUAUUAUGUUGCUUUCCUAUGGAGGGAAUGGAGAUUUUUCAAAGGAGACAUGAUUAGUUUGA